GCAAAUUUCAUUUUCCAUCUUAAUUAUUUUGAUUUGAAAAUAAUAUGAAACGAUUUAUCUAAAAAUAACAUUUAACCUUUAGAAAUACUGCUUUAAAUAUUUGGUUUUAAGGUAUCUGGCUUCUUAUACUCACACUUGAUUCAUCCAGGUGAGCGAUAAAAGGAUCACGAUUAUAUUUAUUUUAUUGAACACUGACAUAAAUUGUGAGAAUUCCUACUCUUGCUUUUAUGAUCUUCUCUCCCUUACCACACACACACUUGAAUUGUCAUAAAUAACAGACAACGUUAAAGUUGGACUAAAGAUAUGGCAAGCCUAAUUUGCAAACAUCUUAAGUAGUUUCCAAUGUCAUCUAAACAUGAAUACAACUUUAUCAUUGAUUGCAAAAGCGAGAGAUAAAACUGUUCUUGAGGAAUGUUAUGAAAAUUAAACGCAGUUUUGACAGGAAGUAAAUUUGUAACGUAUCUAUAGUAAUCUUGUUUGUUCUUUUUUUUUUGCAUCUCGUAUGACAUGGAAUGUAUCAAAUGUGAAACUGAGGUUUUAUGUUUCAUACUGGGAAGAUGAAAUUUUAUAUGAUCAUCGUAUAUGAAGUGUUCACAGCUCGAUAAAAUACACAAGUUACUGACUUCCGGAUGGGAAAUAAUGUGGGAUGUAGAAAAUGAAAGAUUCGAAGAUAGCGGGAAUUUUGCUAGGUGCAGUAGCUGUAUUUGUUCUGGUAGCCGUACUGUUAUACAUUCUAAUAAGCUACAUACUGUGGAGAAGAAAACCAGAAGCUGAUCGCAAAAAUCACUGGCUUAACUGUUUAUUCAAAUGUAGUCUAAGAAAACACAAAAAUGACAAUUAUAAAAACGAAAAGGGAAAUGCCAGUUACGUGAAUAAAUCGUUUACAACUAUAGAACAGGACGAUGUUGUCACCAACAGUGGCAGUUACGUUAAUAAAUCGUUUACAACAACAGAACAAGAUGUUGCCAUCAACACUGAAGGUGUCACGCUAGAAGUACCAAGAUCUCCAAUAAGAAAAUCUGCAGAAACAUAUUCCAUAGUUGACCUUAAUGAAGAUGGUUGAAAUAUUGUUGUAUAUAUUUAUUUAUGCGUGUUCUGGGCUUUAGAAAUAAUCUAAUUAAAAUUGAGCGAAGGUGUCCUCCAAGAUGAAUAUGACAAGCAAUGGGUAUAUUUUACAAACAUGCAAAUGCACAUCUGAAAUGACUCAUUACUUUAUACAGAGAUUUAUAUUAAUACAUUUUGUGUAGGAUAUAUUCUCAUGCUUCAUUGUGCAGUCAGUUACGGAUAUGGACACUGAUAGGGAGUAUAAAAUAAGUGUUUAUCAUGCCUACUAAAAGAAGUAUUUUAUGUUGCAAACUGUAUACUAAGGGAGAUAACUGUUAUUGCUCUAUAUAAAAUUAUGGUUAUAUGUUCAGUUUAAGAACAACUGCAAAAAGCAAUCACAGAUUUUCAAUAAUGCUCCUUCGUACCAUUGAACGUAUCAUUUAUGUCUGUUAUAGUCCAGGUCAGUCAUAAAUUGUGAAUAUUUCAUCUAUGUAUAUAAAUCUCCUUAUAUUUGUAAACUAUUUUUGAUCUUGCAUCAAGUAUAAUAGGACUUUAACUAAUGUAGGUCAGUAUUUGUAGUAAAAUAUUUAACCCCUCACUGCACACAACUAGAGGUAAUAAACCAUUAAAUAUCAAAUAUUUUCACAGGUGUGACAGGAUAUAUUAAUAUCUUGUUCAGGUAAACAAUUCAGAUAAAUUAUAUCAAAAAUGUAUAAAAUGUUUGUUUAUAAUCUUCCAAACAUUACCAUAGUUAAUAAAUGCAAGUCAGUGGAAAAGUAAACGAUAAUCAUUAUAACUUACUGUCAAACUA